AUGCCUGUUUCCGGACUCACGGUCCAUCCUGACUGCAUCAAGGCAUUCAAUGAUCUGAAACUGGGCAACAAUGGCAUAAAAUACAUAAUUUACAAAAUCUCGGACGAUCAGAAGGAGAUUGUUGUGGACGAAAUCAGCAAAGAAACCGACUACAACGUCUUCAGAGAGAAGCUGCAAAAUGCCCAGGAGAAGAAUGGAAAGAGCAGGCCGUCUUACGCCGUCUAUGAUGUGGCAUUUGAUCUCGCUGGGGGUGAAGGACACAGAACAAAAAUAACCUUCAUUACUUAUAUCGAUCAGGAUAAUACUUCCGUCAAAGCUCGCAUGACCUAUGCCAGCUCACGCGAAACCUUGAAGAAUUCGCUCAGUGGAAUUAGUAUGACAUGGCAAGCCAGUGAACCGGGCGAGCUAGAAUGGGAGCCUCUUCUAAAAGAAGCAAGCAAGGGCAAGGCAUCUGCAUAG